UUUGCGCAUCCAGAAAUUUAGUAUAAAUAAUGCAUUUCACCAACUCAGGAAGCAGUCAAGGCGUGAACUGAAGGAGGCAUCAUGGCAGUAAUUCUGGCUGUUCUAGUAGUUUGCUUAGUGCAAAGCAGUCUGGCAGAUGAUUGUAUACCGGGGACCAUGUGGGCCGACCCAGACAAUCCAAUAUACUAUUACAGAUGCUUUGCUCCAGGCGUGGAAGUUCAACUUAAAUGUCCACCAGAGGAAUAUUUUUCUAAUGCCCAACAAAAAUGUGUCAGUGGAACCCCCCUGCCAGAAACGACGACGACUGAGGAGCCAACGACUGAGGAGCCAACGACUGAGGUGUCGACUACUGAGGAGCCGGAAACUGAGGAGCCGUCGACUGAGAAGACGACAACGGUGACGACUGAGGUGACGGAAACUGAGUCGACGACAAUUGAGGGAAGUGGUGGAUCUGGUGGAGAGGCGACGGAACCUGGAGGAUCUGAGACGACCACGACUGAAAAAGAACCUGAUGAACCUGAAACAACUACUGUGGGCGGUGGUCCCCCCACUCCUGGGACAGAGCCACCUAAGCCACCAACUGAAGACCCGGGAACUGGAUCGGGUGGUGAAACAGGAGGUGGAGAAGGUAUUCCCUCUCCUGGGACGGAGCCACCUAAACCAUCAACUGAAUCUCCUGGAAGUGGAUCAGGUAGUGGAUCAGAAGGUGGAGAAGGAAUUCCAACUCCGGGAACGGAGCCACCAAAACCACCAACUGGUGCAUCGGGAUCGGAAAGUGGAUCAGAAAGUGGUGCAGGAAUUCCAACUCCAGGAACGGAGCCACCAAAACCGUCAGUAAAGCCUUAACAAUGGCUCUUUUAACACUCUUAUGCUGAUUGAUAUGAUUCAGUUUGUCACAAAUAUCAAUAAAUUCCUUCAAAAUCAAGAAUA